AUGAUAUCUCGUUGGGGUAUCCCAGAGACACUGGUAAGUGAUAACGGACCUCAGUUCACUUGCGAUGAGUUUGAUGUUUUUGUGAAAACGUAUGGCAUCAAGCAUGUAUCUAGUAGCCCUCACUUCCACCAGUCAAACGGUGAGGCAGAAAGAGCUGUGCAGAUAGCAAAGAACAUUAUCCGUCAAAAGGAUCCAUUCCUUGCCUUACUGUCGUACAGAGAUACGCCUACAUCGAGCUUAGGCUACAGUCCGAAAGAAUUGAUGUUGUCAAGGAAAGUUAGGACGACUGUUCCUGGCUUGCCCAGCAUGUUACAGCCAAAAUGGCCUAACGGAAGCCAGAUCCAGCAUAAUGAUAGCCGAACCAAAUCUGACCAGGCCUAUCAUUUCAACAAGACGCAAGGAGCCACAGAUUUGCCUGUGUUACAUCUCGGAAACAACGUUCGCAUGAAACUUGACAACGACAAACAGUGGAGUCCUGCCGGUACUGUUGUUAAAGAGUCUGUAUAUCCGAGAUAG